AUGAUGAUUUAUCGGUCCUCUGCCGAUCCCAUCAUAUUAAAUUAUGCUAAAUACGCGACGAGCAGUUUGGUGAAUAUAACUGGAUCGGAUAGAGUAACAUUUCUAAAAGAGGAAGAUUUUUUGGAUGUGUUUUCAAGAGAUCUCAGAGCAAUCUUGAGAAACCAACGACUGUCUUCGAUGAAAUUGAAAAUUAAGGAAUCCGGCUUCGAAACUGCUGGUUCACUGUUUUACAAUGAGUUUUUGAACAGAAACUUUACAACUAUCAGUAAUAAAGAUAAUGGAUGGUGGUGUUGUCGUCAGAAUAGAUUCAAAUCUCGAUGGGAAUUUGUGGAUCAUUUGCGUGAUGUCAACGGGGAACCUUUGUUGAAAUCAUUUGUCGACCAGUUCUAUGAUUGUUUCAAAAAUGUUCUGAAUUCAAGAGGCAGCCUCAUUCGAAUAAAAGAAUUGGAUAUUGAAGUUACGGAGUCCUAUCAUUUUAUGGAUAUCGCUCGUUUCAUUGAUAUGAAGCACAUGAAAUGCUUAGAUAUAUCUCGUGUAUAUCGUUACGAGGAGCAAUUUCACGAUGAAAUCGUAGAUACGAGGACCCUUACAUAUCCAAGUUCGACCCGGGGAGUGAGUCUUGUUGUGGAAUUUUGA